AUGUUCGACGCUAUCAAGAACUGGUUCUCCCCGGCCAAUGAGUCGGCCCCUGAAUCUCAGUGGGAUGCCCGCACUGUCCAGGUUCAGCAGCCCAACAGCCCUGCCACUAUGAACGAGGCCGUCAGCCAGCAGCCGGAAAAUAUUGACGUUUCACAGCAAGGUCCUGAGGGAAUGAGCCAGGUCCACAUGCGCGGUGGUGGUGAAGGUGAGGAUGUCUGCUGUGGAGUGGCACCCGAGGCGCCGGAUGCUACCGGGUAG